CGUGUUGCUGGGGAAGAGCCCAGACCUGCAUCACCUCCCUACAGCCUCGCCCUCCAUGUUAAACUCGCUCUAAUCCAAUGGGAAAAAUCCCUGCAGGCGUUGCUAGGUAGACUUCCGCACCGGCAGCCAAUGAGAUCGGCCGUGUUGAGGAGCGAGCGCAGGAGCUGGAACUGACCGAGUGACAGCAUCUGAUUCCCGGGGAGGAGGAACUCUGAGUCUCCGUGGGAAAAUCAGCGGACAGGAUGCCGAACAAACCCAAGAAGGAGAAGGAAUCCAGCAAAUCUUCCAAAAGCAGCACGAAGAACAGCAGCGGCAGCGGGAAGGAUGCUGCUCCAGAGAGCUCCGAGGAGGUCCAGCAGCAGAGCGGCAGCAAGCGGCCCAGCAACAGCACACCUCCCCCCACCCAGCUCAACAAGAUCAAGUACUCUGGAGGUCCUCAGCUGGUGAAGAAGGAGCGCCGCCAGAGCUCAUCACGCUUCAGCCUGACCAGGAACAGAGAGCUGCAAAAACUACCUGCUCUCAAAGGAACCGAUCCUCCUGAUAGAACCCUGAUCCCGGCCGUCUCUUCACAGCUGGUGUACGAGUUCUUCCUUCGCUUCCUGGAGUCUCCAGACUUCCAACCCAAUGUUGCUAAGAAAUACAUCGACCAGAAGUUUGUGCUGUCGCUGCUGGAGCUGUUUGACAGCGAGGACCCCAGAGAGAGGGACUUCCUGAAGACCAUCCUCCACCGCAUCUACGGGAAGUUCCUGGGCCUGCGGGCCUACAUCCGCCGGCAGAUCAACAACAUCUUCUACAGGUUUAUAUAUGAGACGGAGCAUCACAACGGCAUCGCUGAGCUGCUGGAGAUCCUCGGCAGCAUCAUCAACGGCUUCGCUCUGCCGCUCAAAGAGGAACAUAAGAUGUUUCUGAUCCGGGUUCUGCUGCCGCUCCAUAAAGUCAAGUCUCUGAGCGUUUACCACCCACAGCUGGCCUACUGCGUGGUCCAGUUCCUGGAGAAGGACAGUGGUCUGACGGAGCCGGUCAUCAUGGGUCUUCUGAAGUUCUGGCCCAAGACUCACAGUCCGAAGGAGGUGAUGUUCCUGAACGAGCUGGAGGAGAUCCUGGACGUCAUCGAGCCGUCAGAGUUCGUGAAGGUGCAGGAGCCUCUCUUCAGACAGCUGGCCAAGUGUGUGUCCAGCCCUCACUUCCAGGUGGCUGAGCGGGCGCUGUACUACUGGAACAACGAAUACAUCAUGAGUCUGAUCAGUGACAACGCCGCUAAGAUCCUCCCCAUCAUGUUCCCCGCUCUCUACAAGAACUCCAAGAGCCACUGGAACAAGACCAUCCAUGGGCUGAUCUACAACGCUCUGAAGCUCUUCAUGGAGAUGAACCAGAAGCUGUUUGACGACUGCACCCAGCAGUACAAGGCUGAGAAGCAGAAAGAAAAAUACAAACUGAAGGAACGAGAGGAGGUCUGGAUGAAGAUCGAGGAGCUGGCAAGACUGAACCCACAGAGUUCUAAGCUCCACCCCCUCCGGCCUGGACUCCACCCACAGGAAGAGUUCCUGAUGUACAGCGACGGCGGUCUGGCCGUCUACUCCAUGGAGACGGAGACGCCGACAGCGGAGGACAUUCAGCUGCUGAAGAAGACGGUGGAGAAGGAGGCCUCACAGGGUCUGAAGGACCUGAAGAAGGAGAAGGUCCUGAUGAGGAGGAAGUCUGAGCUGCCGCAGGACGUCUACACCAUCAAAGCUCUGGAGGCUCACAAGCGGGCCGAGGAGUACCUGACAGCCAAUCAGGAGGCUCUCUGACCGGGGGAGGCGGUGCCUUCUGAGUUAGCUCCACCCCCUCCACCUGAAGGGGUCAGAGGUCAGAGCGGUGGAGUGACUGAUGGGGCGGAGCAGACGAACUCAGGGCCGCCCCCUGGUGGUCGCUAACAAGUAGGACACUGUAGAAGCUCCGCCUCUUUGUCCCUGUGCUCCACUGUGAUUGGACAUCGCCCACCCCCACCACGUCCUUCAGACCAGCAUGGAGCACCUGAACGCAUCAUCAGCUGCAGAAUGUUCCACAGCAGGAGCCUGAAGGUCCGCCCUCUGACCCCCACUGGCUCCGCCCCUCCCCUCCUGUCCUGCCGUGGCGCCGCAGGCCGACCUUUAGUUGGUUUAGGUCAGAUCUCAGCUCUGAAAACAUUCCAGGAUGAUGAGGUCUGCAGCAGAACCUGCUGCGUUCUACUGCACCUGAACGCAGCACAGAUGAACGUCCCGCACAACCUCACUCAGUCAAUCAGAGACGCAGCUUCGGCGAGGAGACACAUGAAUGUAGACGUCCGAUCAGAGGCGUGGUCUGUCAGAGCGCCAACAGAGAGCCGUUCCUUCUCGACCCGGUUUCUGCUUCAGGCAGAACAUUAAACUGGUUCUGCUCAGCAUCACUGAUGAUGAUGAUGAUGAUGGGGAGGAGCUCAGCAGCAGGUUUUGCUCGACCAUCCUGGUUCUUCGCAGGAGGUCGGAACCAUUUGGACCCGACAGGCUGUAGAACUGAUCCA